GAUAGAUAGAGUGGAGAGAGAGAGAGAGAGAGGGGGCUUAAUGAACUUGCCAGCAGAGUGGGGAAAUGAAGAAUUGAAGAGUUGAACUCUCUGGGGAAUGGCAAGUAGAGUUCAGGGUUUCGAAAUUCGCAAUCCAAGACGUGCAAGAUUAUUAGUUGCAAUCAUACGGACAAAUUAAAAAAAAAGAAGCCGUUACCUCGCCGGAACAAGGGGGAGAAAGGGGGUUUGUCUUGAAAGUUUGCGACUUCGACAAAAUGUUGGACUAUGAAUGGGGAAACCCGUCAGCAAUAAUACUAUCGGGUGAAGAGCCUAACCAAGAAUCCGACCCGAAUCGUCAGAUUUUCGAUCACUAUGCCACCACUACCACCACCCAGCAAUCUUUCAACGAAACUCUCCUUUCCCAUCAACACAGCACUGCCUUUUCUCACCAACACCAUUUCCAUAACCCUAACCAAGCUCAAGCUCAACCCCAAACCCACGCCCACGCCCCUCUUCACUCCCUAUACGACCCACGCGCCUACUCUGGCACGUCGGCUUACUCCACACCCCACCCUUCCUUGCUCUCCCUGGACCCGGUUUCCGGCGCCGGAGGAAGCGGAUGCGGUUACUUUCUGGUUCCCAAGACGGAGGAAGUUUCCAGACCUGUUGACUUCACAGCGAGGAUUGGUCUCAACUUAGGUGGCCGUACGUAUUUUUCCUCCGCCGAGGAUGACUUUGUGAACCGGCUUUAUCGCAGGUCUAGACCGGGAGAUCCUAGUUCGACCAACUCCCCUAGGUGCCAAGCCGAGGGCUGCAAUGCCGAUCUUACCCACGCCAAGCACUACCAUCGCCGCCACAAAGUCUGCGAGUUCCAUUCCAAGGCUUCCACAGUCAUCGCCGCAGGGUUGACUCAACGAUUCUGCCAGCAGUGCAGCAGAUUCCAUCUCCUCUCGGAGUUCGACAACGGAAAGCGUAGCUGUCGAAAGAGAUUGGCCGAUCACAAUCGUCGCAGGCGAAAGUCUCAACAACAACAACAACAACAACAACCCAAUAAUCAAGAAAACCAGAAGCCCCUCCUGCUCGAAAAUGGCCGCAAUUCCUCCGCUGAUAACCCCCCAAGGUCGCCGCCGGAUUCUGGGAUUCAGUCUUCUUCUUCAGUGACGGUGGCAGUUUCGCCACCACGGAUGUCAUUGGAUUGUUUCAGGCAAAGACCUUACAAUGCAACGGCAUCUUCAUCAUCAUCAAGCACACUUUUUUUCUCGAGUGGGUAACUAGAAAUCUCAAUAAGUAAUGCCAUUGAAAUGUAUGGAGAUGGGAGAGAAGCCAUGGAAAUUAAGCUUAUGCAAAUAACAAGUUGAUUAAAUGGCUCUAGUGUUCUUCUCUUCACUUUUUUCUCUGAAAUUUCAAUGUUUAAUAUCAGUUUGUGUUGGCUUAUGCUAACAUCAAAAAAAAAUUGGACUGAUAGAGCAUCUAAUAUAUAUAUUUAUAUUUUUUUUUUGCU